AUGUACUAUGAGUGCACGACAUUCUAUAGACUUGAAAAUGCAUGUAGUCCUGUAGCAAUUAACGAUGUAGCUAAAUGCCAACUUAACACGAGGCACUUACUCAAUGGGUUUUUAAUUGUUGAGAACUUGAGAAAAGAUGCCUUCAUGUUUAGGACUCCUGAAAUUAAAUCUUCCAAUAGAUCAGGGGGAUCUAGAAGACAUUCUAGUGACACAGUUUCAGAGAAAGGGUCUCAGUCACGAGCUGAGUCAAGGUCAGGAUCACCUUCCAAGCAUGUUGCAAGAUGUCAAAGUUUUGCAGAAAGGUCUCAGGCCCAACCACUUCCCGUGCCAGAUCUGCGCCCUGCAAAUGUAAGGAAUACAGAUUCUGGAAUGGGUGAUGUAGCAAAACCGAAAUCACAAAGAAUCUCCAAGCCAUCAUUGUUUCUACCUCUCCCAAGACCUGCGUGCAUCAGACACAGACUGGACACUACUGACUUGGAUGGUGAAGUAGGUGCUUCAAUCUCUAGCGAAUGCUCCAUCGAAAGUGAUGAUCCAGCUGACUCACGCCAGCGUAUUCCACUGGCAUCUGACUAUGAAAUUGGGAGUCGAACUGCUACAGGCAGCCCUUCGAGCAUUUAUGUGAAGGAUCAGUCUGCUGUUGCACCAGUAAUCUCAAGCGAGUCAGCUGUUCCAGUGAAUCUCUCAUCCAAUAAAAAUGUCUUCUCUUCAACUCCUACAAGAAGACAGCUGAACAGUCAAGUUCCAAAUCUACAAGUCCCCCAUCAUGGUGCCUUUUGCAGCGCUCCAGAUAGCUCAAUGUCAAGUCCCUCUCGAAGUCCGAUGAGAGCUUCCCGUUAUGAGCUAGUUACAAGUUCUGCUUUUACUACUGGAAAGCAUUAUCCAGAUCUUCUAUUUCUUGGUUCUGGUCCUUGCUCCAGUCCAGGCUCAGGUCAGACCUCUGGGCACAAUUCAAUGGGAGGAGAUAUGUCAGGACAAUUAUUUUUGCAACCUAGUAGAGGAAGCCCAGAAUGUUCUCCAAAUCCUAGUCCGAGAAUGACAAGCCCUGGCCCUAGUUCCAGAAUUCACAGUGGUGCUGUUACACCACUUCAUCCAAGAGCUGGCGGGGGACACACUGAAUCGCAGACUAGUUGGCCUGAUGAUACAAAACAACAAACUCACCGCCUACCCCUUCCUCCUUUAACAAGUUCCAAUUCCUCAAUGUUUUCUCAUUCGAAUUCAGCUGCAACAUCACCUUCUGUACCGCGAAGUCCUGGACGAGUAGAAAGUCUUACAAGCCCUGGCUCACGUUGGAAAAAGGGAAAAUUGCUUGGUAGAGGCACAUUUGGGCAUGUUUAUGUUGGUUUUAAUAGUGAAACUGGCGAAAUGUGUGCUAUGAAGGAGGUGACAUUAUUCUCAGAUGAUGCGAAGUCGAAGGAAAGUGCAAAGCAGUUGGGACAAGAGAUUACAUUAUUGAGUCGUUUAAGGCAUCCAAAUAUUGUGCAGUAUUAUGGAUCUGAAACGGUGGAUGAUAAAUUGUAUAUCUAUUUGGAAUAUGUGUCUGGUGGUUCCAUCCAUAAGCUUCUACAAGAGUACGGAAAAUUGGGAGAAUCAGCUAUCCGUAGUUAUACUCUACAAAUUUUGUGUGGGCUUGACUAUUUGCAUGCCAAAAAUACUGUUCAUAGGGAUAUUAAGGGGGCUAAUAUCCUCGUGGAUCCUAAUGGUCGUGUCAAGUUGGCUGACUUUGGCAUGGCAAAGCAUAUUACUGGACAAACCUGUCCAUUAUCAUUCAAGGGCAGUCCUUAUUGGAUGGCACCUGAGGUGAUAAGGAAUUCGAAAGGGUGUAGCCUUGCUGUCGAUAUAUGGAGUCUUGGAUGCACCGUCUUGGAGAUGGCCUUAUCGAAGCCUCCUUGGAGCCAGUAUGAAGGGGUUGCUGCCAUGUUCAAGAUUGGAAAUAGUAAAGAACUCCCAACAAUUCCAGAACACCUUUCGGAUGAAGGCAAGGAUUUUGUGAGGCUGUGCCUGCAGCGGAAUCCUUUUCAUCGUCCUACUGCUGCUCAGCUUUUGGAUCACCCUUUUGUGAAAAGUGCUGUGCCCCCAGAAAACUCUAAAUUGGGAUCUACACCUUCAGAUCCACCCGUGGGCAUUGGACACACGAGAAGUCUUCAACUCUUGGAUUCAGAAAGACUUGCUAUCCACUCAUCCAGAGUAUCAAAAUCUAAUUUUCAUUCCAGCGAUAUUUAUAUUCCAAGGAACGUAUCGUGCCCCGUCUCUCCAAUUGGGAGUCCUCUUCUGCAUGCAAGGUCACCUCAGUACCUGAAUGGGAGGAUGUCUCCAUCGCCCAUAUCUAGCCCCCUCACAACUUCUGGCUCAUCUACACCUCUCACCAGUGGGACUGGCACCAUCCCGUUUCAUCUUCUUAAUCAAUCUAUAUUAUCACAAGAUAUUUUUUCUAACUUGCCCAGGGCUCCGACCAGUCCCCGUGUCAAUAACCCACCCUACUGGGAUCCCGAUAUUUUUCGGACGGCACAAUCAGGUUCUAAUGCUUUUCGGGAACUGACAAUGAGUGAUAAAGAUGCUCCAGGAAAUCAGUUUGGAAUGACUGCCAAUGGAGAAAUGCACGACAGACAAUCGGUCUUGGCUGAUCGUGUAUCUCAGCAACUCCUAAGAGAUCCCGUUAAGCUGAAUCCAUCUUUUGAUCUGAAUCCUUCCUCUCCAUUGCCAAACCACCGCAUGGAUGGAGUCUAA